AUCAGGACGGCAUCGCCCGCGAGACGAUGAAAACCCCGUCUCUGCGAACAAUAUUUUUUCAGUUAUUUGUAUUUAUUCUGAUAUUUCCACAAAUUUCGUUAGGAUACACAAAACGUAUUUUGAAGAAUGAAUCUGUGAGGGGAAGACGAAACCUGAUUAUCGAUGAAUCAAUUGAUUUGGCCCAAUGUGACGACAUAGCCAUAAUCGGUGCCGGAAUAGCCGGUACGUACGCUGCAUGGCGUCUGAGACAUCAAAAUAAAAGAAUAUCUGUAUACGAGUACUCAGAUCGAGUUGGAGGAAGGAUGUUCACAGUUAAAUUCCCAGAUAUUCCGGAUAUAAAUGUAGAGUUGGGUGGAAUGAGAUACUACCGUGCAGAACAUGCAUUACUACAUGACACCAUACAACAGUUAGGGCUUCCGAUCAUAAGAUUCGAGUUAGGUUCCGGACCAUCACCUGACACCACUGUCUAUGUACGAGGAGUCCACAUGCGUUAUGACGAAUUGGGUGGUUAUAAAACACCCUACAGACUUCAACCUAACGAAAGAAAACCGACUAAUCAACUAACAUGGGAGGUGUUUAGAAAUUACACCGAUGUGCUUACGACCAAUGUUCCAGAAGCUGAUAAAAAGUAUUUCGUCAGAGACAGAAGUGGAGUACUCAUGUAUAAACAAAGUGUCGAGUCUUUGUAUCAUAAAUAUUUGAGCCCCGAGGCACAAAAGUACAUUAGAGAAACUAGUGCCUUUACUACAUUUUUAACGGACGAUAGUGCCUCACUUGCAGUUCAAACUGAACCACCAUCUUCAGAAAGUGAGGACGUUUUAACUGUGGCAACAGGAUUUUCCUCCAUACCUAAUGAAUUACUUCGACGAUUUUUACUUGAUGGUCAAAGGCAUUCUAUCAAGUAUGAUCAUGACCUCAAAGCCAUCAGGAAAAGACAAGACGGAUAUUACAACUUAUUUUUUGAACCUACGUUCUCCAAUAGCAGGAAUACAAGGUCUAAAUCCAUAAUUAAAAAGUGUGCAAAGAAAGUCAUCCUAGCAACCAAUCGAUUGUCACUCGAACAACUUGACUGGCAGGGUCUUUACCAACCUCACAUUAGAGAAUAUAUAACCAAAGCAGUAAAAGAUAUGCCCGCAUUAAAGCUUUAUUACAGUUAUGAAUCUCCUUGGUGGAGGAAUUCUCCUGUUUAUUCUGACUAUAUAAUUUCAGACACUCCAUUUAGACAAAUCUACGAUUUUGGAACGUCAACUCUUAAUCCUCCUAAGUCUGUCCUUCAGGCAACGUACACAGAUACAGAUAUAUCUUACUGGGAGGAAUUAUUCAACAGAGCGAAUGGAAACGAAACUACUGGCGACGUAAGAAAUGAAAUAGAACUAGAUCAAGUAACAAGGAAGUAUUUGUCCGAGAUAUAUCAAAUUCCGAUCAACACUAUACCACGACCAACAAAUGCUGCUUGGAUAGUUUGGAAGAAUUAUCCAUACGGUGGUGCAUGGCAGACAUGGAGACCGGGAUAUAUAUUACCGAUAGUAGAAAGGGCAAUGACAAAACCAUCAGUCAGUGAUGAUGUCUUUGUGGUUUCAAAUGCUUUUAAUGUUCGAUCUUUAUCGAUUUGGAGUAAUGGAGCUUUAGAGUCUGUUGAACUUGCUAUGCCAUAUUUUGGUUUGAGACGUAUCGAAAAAUAAAUCUUAGACACUAA